AUGAAGCUUCUUCUGAUCUUCGGCUUCCUUCUCUCGGCCGCCUUUGGCAAACAGCUCUUUGUCGGAGACCAAGUUCUCCGCAUCAGAGCAGAAAAUGAAGAACAACUAGGCAUGCUAAAGGAGCUGGAGGAAAGGAGAGAUUUGCAGAUAGACUUCUGGCUUGGCCCAGCUAAGCCCAAGCUCCCAGUGGAUAUGAGAGUCCCUUUCCAGAGCCUUCAAUCUGUCAAGGUCUUCUUGGAGUCCGGGGGGAUUCCCUACACCAUCAUGAUAGAGGAUCUACAGGAUUUGCUGGAUAAGGAAAAGGAAACCAUGCUGUUGUCAAGGAAGCAUGAAAGGAGCUCGGGGAAAUUCAGCUUCUCUUCCUACCACACCAUUGAAGAGAUCUACAGCUGGAUGGAUGAUUUCGUGGCUGAAAACCCAAACCUGGUCAGCAAACUCCAGAUUGGACGGAGCUACGAAGGACGACCAAUCUACAUUCUCAAGUUCAGCACGGGAGGGGACAGGCGCCCAGCCAUCUGGAUCGACACCGGCAUUCACUCCCGGGAGUGGAUCACCCAGGCCACAGGGCUCUGGACAGCGGGAAAGAUAGCCAGCGAAUUCGGCAAAGAUGCCUCAUUGACUGCAGUGCUGGACUCCAUGGACAUCUUCUUGGAGAUCGUCACUAACCCGGAUGGGUUUGCUUACACGCACACCAUGAAUCGCAUGUGGCGAAAGACCAGAUCCAUCAACGCUGGAUCGCCUUGCAUCGGGGUGGAUCCCAACCGGAACUGGGACGCCGGCUUUGGAGGUCCUGGAUCCAGCAGCAAUCCUUGCGCUGAAACGUACCACGGGUCCUUCCCUCACUCGGAGAGCGAAGUGAAAUCCAUUGUGGACUUUAUCCUAGGCCACGGGAAUGUGAAAUCCGUACUGUCCAUCCACAGCUAUUCGCAGAUGCUGAUGUUCCCCUAUGGCUACAAGCCAGAGCCGGCUCCUGACCAUCAGGAACUGAAUGACUUGGCUCGAGAGGCCGUUUCGGCCUUGGAGGAUGUUUACGGCACGGUUUACACUUUCGGAAGCACCAUCGACACCAUCUACCGGGCCGACGGGACGACCAUCGACUGGAGCUACGAAAACGGGGUCAAAUAUUCCUACACGUUCGAACUGAGGGACACGGGCCGCUACGGUUUCAUCCUGCCCGCCAAUCAGAUCAUCCCAACGGCGGAAGAAACCUGGGUGGCGCUCAUGAAGAUCAUGGAACACGUCCGCGACCAUUCUUCUUAA